AGUAUCAGUAUCACACAUCCACAGCCAACCACACCGGCCGACCGCUAGCUAGCCAGCUGCACGUAAGAGGAAGUCCAGCAUGGCCUCGAGGAACACCGCCCUCGUGUUCCUCCUCGCGCUGCUCCUCUCGUGCGUCACCAUAAGCAGCGCGGCGAGGAAGCUGCAGGAGCACGAGACGGCUCCGCCCACGGAAGAAGAGCCGUCCGCGCCACACCUGACCGUGCCAGGGCUGCCAGACUACGAGCUGCCGCCGAUGCCCAAGUUUGAGCUCCCGCCGUUCCCAGAGAUGCACUUGCCGCCGUUCCCGGGAACGCCGUGGAAGCCGGCGACGCGCACGCCCACCCUUACCGGGUUCUUCUUCCCACAGCCGGAGCCGGAGGCCAAUCCAUGAGGACUUCUAAGUUGUAUCGUGCACGUAUAUGAAGCGUUGUUCGUGUGCUUGUUUAGUUGUGGUAUCAAACGAGAGUGUGCCGAUCCGUACGGCCGACGACGUUAUCCUGUGAGUUCCUGCGACUCGUGAUCUACGGCUACGUACGUACUCCCUCCGUCCGGAAAUACUUGUCAUCAAAAUGAAUAAAAGGGGAUGUAUCUA